AACAAAAUCCAAGAACAGAGCCGUCAGGUCUCGUAACCCCUCGAUGAUGGAGCAAGAAGAGCCAUGUGAAGUGAAAGAAACAGCUUCGGUUAUAGAGCCGAAAACGCCAAACCCUAAUGUCCCAGAUUCGAUUCCGGCAACCAUUGAUUCUGAUUCUUCUUCACUGUCCGAAGAAGAAGUAACCACACAUAGAGACAGAGGAAUCGUCGUUUUGUGCGAGGAAUCGAUGAGGAUUGAUUCUAAUUCAAUCCCAGAUUUUGUUUUGGUAUCUGAUGAAGAGAUUGUAGAGUCUAUCUACCAGAAUCUGUUGAGAAUCAUUUUCUCAUUGCAGAUUCAGAGUGUGGCUGCUGUCUCUGCUUCAAGUGCUGAGAUUUGGUGUUUUGAUGGUUGUAAGACACCACCUCCUUCUUCUAGGAGUCUUGAUUCGAAGAUGGGUGAUGAUACUUGUCCUGGAGCUCCAAUGAAGCUUACUAAGAUAACUAGGAGCAUUGAUUCUGGAUUGAGAAGGAAACUGUUCUGAAUCUGACAUGGGUUUUUAACUGACAUGAGUGUUGUUGUUGUCGUGUGACCUUGUUGUUAGCUGUAAGAGCUUUAGGGGUUUGGAAGUUUUUUUAACUCUUAGGGCUCUUGGUUUGAGUUUGUUUGUACAGUCUUCUUAGGCUUUUUAUGUGUAUUGCUAGCUAGGCUAGUUGUUCUUGGAGACAUUCAAAGUUUCUGUUUUAGAAGAAGAAAAAAAAACCAAUCCUUUUCUUUGUUUCUUGUCUGUAAUUUAUGUUCAUGUUUCCUUCAACUUAUGAACAGUGAGGAAUUUUUAUAAUAAGUUUUUAACUUUUCCCC